CAUUCUUCAGCUGUUGCAUUGUUGCCACAGCGCAGGCGGUCAUGAAACUCCAGUGAUUGUUCCGGUUUCGUGCAUGAAUUCGUUCUGAAGUUCGUACCGAUGUCAAGGUUAAUUUGAUUGUUUGUGUGCAUUAGUGUCUGUGAUUGAUUGUUUCUGUGUUGGCUUGGCAAAUUGGGAAACCAAAAUGCUCCGACAGCUACAGGGUGUUAACCUGGAGGGCGCUGGACACGGGUCUGAUACCGGGGUUGGACUUAGCGUUUCAAACUCCACGCUUGAGCAAAACGACGGCAGCUACUCGAGCGCGAUGCUGACUGUGGCGGCGUUGGCCACGGUGAUCAUCAUGAUCGUAGGAAUUGCGGGGAACUCCCUGACUAUUGUGGCGCUACUGAGGUGUCCUAGGGUGCGUAAUGUCGCCGCCGCCUUCAUUAUCUGUCUGUGUGUGGCGGACUGCCUAUUUUGCGUCCUGGUUCUGCCGUUCAGCGCGCAUGCGUAUUACUACGGCACGUGGAGGUUCGGCAGUACGCUGUGUAACGUCGUGCCUCUCAUCCGGUACGCCAACGUAGGGGAGUCGCUCCUUUGCAUCGCCAUGAUCACUAUCAACAGAUACGUGAUGAUCGCCCACUAUGGCAUGUACACCAAGAUCUACAAACCUAUCUGGAUUGCCGCCAUGAUCACGUUCUGUUGUACAUUAAGUAUUGUUAUGCAGGUGCCGACUCUUCUCGGAUACUGGGGUCAGUAUGCGUACGAAGACAAAAUCAAAAGCUGUACGAUCGUACCAGAUGAAUAUGGUCGGACAUCGAAGAAUGUACUUUUCAUCAUCGCUUUCGUAAUCCCGUGCCUCAUCAUAAUUUGCUGCUAUGCAAGAAUAUUCUGGGUCGUUCAUAGUUCCGAGAGCAGAAUGCGGAAACACGCAGCUUCCAACAACAAAGACUCGUCCAGGACAGGGAAGGAGAAGAGGGAUCAGAAGAAUAGGAGAAACGAAUGGCGGAUAACAAAAAUGGUUCUUGCGAUAUUCCUCUCCUUCCUCCUCUGUUACCUCCCGAUCACGAUUGUGAAGGUGGUAGACAGCAACGUUAAACAGCCAGCUCUGCACGUGUGGACGACCAUCAUGCUGUCCAUGUCUGCCUGCAUCAAUCCCAUCAUCUACGUGAUCAUGAACAAGCAGUACAGGCAGGCCUACAAGACUGUGCUGACAUGCCAGAGGCCGCGCAUGCUCUCUACAACUCCUGGUCCGGGAUCCAGCUUCGGGGGUUCUAAUGGUUUAAUAAUGAACGACUUGACUACAUCGCGUAAGAAUAUAGCUAAUACACAAAUUACCAACAAUGACCAAAGAAAUUGCGGUCAGUAGCGUAAGGGAAUCAAGACAUCACAUUGGGACACAUCUUGAUAAAUCCAAGGAUGAAGUGAGUCGAACGAUGGUAUCGCAUGUGUCCAUCGCCCUCGCCCCCAUCCGCGCAUCCCAGCUGCCCGACCACGUCUACGGCGACUGCUUAUAACCGACAAUCUUCAGACAUAUCGCUUAUAAAUAGUAGAUACUGAAGUUUCUUUCCUUCCUUGUGACUGAUAAAUUAUAAGUUGCACUAUUCACUGUUUUCUUUCCUUAAAUGGCAGACAAGCAAUAACAGAAAAUGAUGAUGCAAUACUGUUAUACGAUAUCUAUGGUACUAAUGUUUGAAUUUAAACCGUAUAUAGCCGCUUUAUAGCUAAAACUUUGUUAAAGAAGUGUAUUUUAAAAUUGCAUAAAAUCAAAAUGUUGAUAAAUAUGAAAGAAAAUAUACUUUCGUACUUAUGUUAACGAUUUCCCAAUGACCACAUUCCUUUGGGUGAAUGACUUCAAGUGUAUUUGUCAUGGUUGUAAAGUUAAAAAGACGCAUAAAAUGUUAAUUCAUGCAAUCUAUAUAACGUUAGUAAAUAGAAUUUUCAUAUUUAUUUGCUCUUUACCAUUAUUUAUAUAGAAUGUAAAUGUUCUCUUGUUUAUAAAGUAAUGCUUGUGUUUAGGUUAAGUUUGUACAGUGUAAUUUUUGUACUGUUAUUAAUUAUAGAUAUUUAAAUAAUAUGUUGUGUGUUAUGAAACUUUGUAUUAUAUGGAUCAUGAAACAUGAGUUACCCUAGUCGACAAAAUAGUUUUGUAACCAUCUAAAUAGUAUGAUUUGGUUAAAUAGUUUUAUAUAAUUUUAACACGCAUUAUAGUUCUAAUAUGUUGAACAUUAAUUUCGUUAUUUAUAAAAGUUUAUUUACAUUUAAAAAAUGUUUCUAAAUCUAUCAACAAACUUUGGGAUUUGCGUUUGUCAAGUAAUAAAGACAAAAAUAAUACAACCCGUGGUUUACUGUAAUCCUUGCUGUCCAAUAUGGUUAUAGUUUCAUUGUAACAAAUAAUAUGGAGUAAAUGGUUGAAACUACAGUAGUAACAACUGUGCAUAGUUUAAACCGUUUCGUAAAACAUGAAUAUAAAGUUAACAACUAAUUGAAUAUGUUAGUUAUUCGACUAGUUAUUGACUAUAAUACACGGUGAGUUCAUUACCAAUAUCCAACCAAAGAUUUAGACUGUUUCGAAGAUAGAUUUAGGUAUAUUAUGGUUAUAUUAAUAUGUGUGUUUUCUUUAUUGUUUUCAUUAUUUUGUACUUUUCGUGAGUUUUAUGAUACAAAAGUAUAUAUAAUAUAUUUUACGUAUUUAUCCCAAUCUUUGGCCAAAUCGAAUUGAAUCUCCAUAUUCACUACAUAUUUUGAUUAUCUAAAUUUUUAAAAGGUAACUUGUAUUGAAAAUAAAAAGUAAUGAAAAGAGCAGAUUACAUAAUGAACGUUUCAGGUAUUUAAUUAGUAAGUUAUUUAUUUGAAAAAUAUUAUAUUAUAUUUUUUAUAUUUUCCUGAAUGGGAUUUCAAUUUUUCCGUAUUUUACUUUAAAAUAUUUUAUUUACACAUUCGUCAGUUAAAACGCGAUUAGCUAAAUAAAAUCAACUUAUUUAUUUACAUUAUAAUAAUGUGUAUAUACUUUUUCAUACUUUAUUAUACUCUGUUUAGUUUUUAAAACUAUGUACAAAAAAUGUGAGAAAUAAAUAUGUGGCAAUACAAACACAAA